UAAAUCUAAUCAAUUUUCCUUUGACUUUUACAACAUGAUAGGAAAAGAAGAAUGAAUCAUGGACAAAGAAAACUGUUCUUCAUUACCUGAUUUUCUCCUCUUGGGAAUUACCAAUAACCCUGACAUGAAAGUGCUAAUAUUUACUGUGUUCCUAGCUAUUUAUCUUAUUAUUCUCAUAACUAAUAUUGGAAUGAUAAUUUUGAUCAAGAUGGAUCCACAGCUCCAAACACCAAUGUACUUCUUUCUCAGCCACCUCUCUUUCUCUGAUCUCUGCUACUCCUCUGCAGUUGGGCCCAAGAUGUUGAUGGACCUUUUCAGCAAGUACACAACCAUCCCAUUUGUUGGUUGUGCUUUGCAAUUCUUUUUUGUCUGUAUCUUUAUAGAUGUUGAGUAUGUGCUGCUGGCAGUGAUGGCCUUUGAUCGGUACAAAGCCAUAAGCCACCCCUUGCUAUAUGCAGUAGACAUGUCCAAUAGAGUAUGCUACCAAUUUCUGGCUGGUGUUUACCUUGUAGGAAUGGCAGAUGCUUUGAUACACACAACAUUAACAUUCCGCUUAUGUUUCUGUGGCUCACAUGAGAUUAAUCAUUUCUUCUGUGAUAUCCCUCCUAUACUGUUACUAUCUUGUUCAGAUACUCAAGUCAAUGAGUUAAUGAUAUUCACUAUUUUUGGAUUUAUUGAGUUGAGCACAAUUUCAGGAGUCCUUGUCUCUUAUUGCUAUAUUAUCUUAUCAGUCUUGAAGAUCCAUUCUGCCAAGGGAAGGUUCAAAGCUUUUUCCACCUGUACCUCACACCUGACUGCUGUUGCAAUUUUUCAGGGAACUCUGCUUUUUACAUAUUUCCAGCCAAGUGCUUCUUAUUCUCUAGAUCAAGACAAAAUGACCUCCCUGUUUUAUACUCUGGUGAUUCCUAUGCUGAACCCACUGAUUUACAGCCUGAGAAACAAGGAUGUGAAAGAGGCCUUGCAAAAACUGGGAAAUAAAAGGUGGUGUAAAUAG